AUGCACCACGUCAUUACCAAGCGACGCAAGACAGUGGCGCGAUCGACGCUUUCGAACGCGACACUGCAACACGUCGCCGAGUACAUUCGCGAUACGAAGGACAUGACAGCCUUUCUGGCUGCUUUGCCCGAGCCGCACCAGUCGGCCCCUCUGCGAGCCCUCGGCGUGCUCUUGAGCGCCGUGCGCGACCGUCGCUUUCCUCAGCUCGAUACAAACGGGUCGACCAUGUCGGAGCUGUCGUCACGGCUGCUUGUGCCCGAUUGCAUUACCGAGGACUACGACCUUCGCCGCGCGAUUGCUACCUACGCGUCGAUGGCGCCGCGUGUUCCGGUUGCUGCCAAGAUGUCACCGUGGUUCUGCAUCCCGCCGCAAGCGCAGCUCGAGGUUGCCACCGUCCAGACGCGUGACGAGCUCGCGUACGUGACGACACACUGGUCGCACCAAGCCGUGACGUUGCGCGUUGAACUGGGUGAGCUCGUCGUUGACGAUGUCUGCCGCGCUCUGCAGGCACUGCCACAGCUGCGCUGCCUUGACCUCACAUGGCCGGUGUCGGCGUCAGUAACGCAGCAGGCCGCCCUGUUUUCAAACCUCAUGAGCUCCAACGUGGAGGAGCUCCACCUAUGCUACAACAAAGGCAGCUCGGCACCUUGGACGAAAGCCGUCGUGGACGCCUUUGUCGCGUGGACAUCGAGCGCGGUCAUCAAGACGCUGUCGUUGGUUCGUCUUUGUGUGGCCCCCGGCGAUGCACCCGUGCUUGCAGCCGCCCUCCUGGGUUCGAAGUCCCUCCGAUCGCUCCACGUCGAGUACGGCAAAGUUCCCCGCGCGCUCUUUGCGCUCGGCCAACGACUUCCAUCCCAAUUGACGGCGCUCACAACGUACUUGGAUGCGGACUGCAACGUCGACGGGUUUCUUGAGACGAUCAGCGGCUCCAGCUUGCGCACGCUCGAAGUUGCUGUCACGACCCGGCUUUCGCCAAAGACAACGACGCGGCUUUGCCGCGUCAUUUCGAGUCUGACGCACCUGCGACACCUUGGUCUCUGGGGCGCGCUGGACCUUCGACCGUCGGCAAUGACGUGGUUAAGUCAGUGUUUACAGCAACUCGCGACGCUGCGGCUCCGGGGCACAUCCGUGUGCGAUACUGGCGCGAUGCUGCUGGCGAUGGCGCUGCCGACAUGCGUGCGAUUGCAAGAGCUGUGCUUGUUCAACCAGUCGUGCACGCACGUGGCAGCCAAAGCACUCGCCGCCGCGAUUCCAGCCUGCCCGACGCUCAAGGUGCUGGAUAUGUCCUUCAACGAGCUCGGAUCGGUCGGCCUUCUAGCGCUACUGCCUAUCAUGCGGUGCCUCGACAGCCUGGCGCUGCGAGGCAGCGGCAUCGACGACGACGGCGCCAAUGUGCUCUGCCGCAUGAUGCACGAUACGGACCACUUGCGAAAGCUCAACCUGAGCGCCAACCCGCUCUCGACCGCAGCCGUGCUUUGGGUGAUCCGCGCGGUGGCCGAGUCGUUUGUUCGCGACGGCGUCGUCGAUUUGCGUGAGAUUGUCAACGAUGAGAACGACCUAAACGAGUGCUGGGAUUUUGCCCGCGAAACCUUGCCGUACAGUAGCUGGUGCAAACUCGACGUGCUAUCGUACUAA